AUGAGCUCAGAAGACCAAGAUGCUCUAAAAGUAAAGCAGAAUGGUCUUUCCAAUCAGAAUUCGUCACUUGUUGGUGCUUUAACUGCUGGUGGAAGAUCUAUGGUUUAUCAGAUGACUUCAUUCUAUAUGAGAACUCCAUUAAAACUGUUUCGACCGGCCAGAUUUGACUAUACGCAUUAUAUUAGAGUACUGUUGACUGGGAGUGAUGAUACAAAUAAGGAUUCUAAGGUACGACGUUCAAAAUAUAAGUUUUGGAGUCCCAAAUAUACAUACUACUUCGAAAAUUCCUCCAUUGGAAUAGUUACUAAGGCACUAAAUAAGUAUGGGUGGAAAGUUAUUCCUGAUAGAAUAUUGCCUCCUUUGGUGGCAAAUUCCCUUGCUGGGGUAGUUCUUUAUACCACAUACUUGACUACCCUGAAUAAUUUCCCAGUCAGAUCAGUGGAGCCAGCUUUUCAACACAAUUUGUUUGACUACUUAAGGUCUGGAUUUCUAGCAGGAGCAGCGCAAGCAAUAGUGUCUGCUCCAAUCGAUGCCAUAUACACAAGAGCGAAUAUUGACGAAUUGCUAUCUAGUGCAAAGAAAUACGACAACUUAUGGCUAUAUAGCCGUGAUAAAAUCAAGGAAAUCGGACUAAUAGGAUGUUUCGGAGGAUUCGGAUUGUCCUUUAUUAGAGAAUCUCUUGGAUUCGCACUAUAUUUUACAACAUUUGAAAUGAUAAGAGGACCAAUCAGUAAGCUCACUCUGGAUUUUGUCAAGAACUACAGAGAGUUGAAAUAUACGGUUCAAAAUACAAAGUUCUCAGAUAUAUUCUUAGAUGAAAAUGGAAACAAGAUCGAGAAGCAGAAACCAGUAUUUGUGUCUGAGAAAGAAGAAAGAUGGUACUCAAGAGUGUUCAUCUUCGUUGGUGGUGUUACAGCAGCAUUCGUGCUGCAAGUGGUUCAAUACCCAUUCCAAAAGUUACAAAAAAUACACAUAUCACGUUUAGAAGCUUACGACAUAUAUCUUAAAAACCUCCCGUCCGCAGACGCAAACAAGGAAGGAAAAGGAAAUCCAAAUGUCUCUCAUAUGAUUCCCAAUACAAAAAUAGUGGUUCCUAAUGAAAAAACACGCUUUCGUAUCUAUUACAACUCCUAUAUUGACACUUUUGAACAUGUUUUUUUUUUUAUGCAAAGAAGUAGAAAGGAAACUUUGGCUUGGUUAUACAAAGGAUUUGUACGAAAUACACUUGCAAUUAUUCCAGGAACCACAGCAGGUCUUCUCCUACUUGAUUACAUGAGAUCCAAAUUAAAGAAUUCGGAAGAUAAUAGACGUUUAGAAUGA